AUGAGACCAUAUACUGCUGAGGAAGUGAAAAAUGUCAUAUUUGCCAUGGAUGGAAAUAAUGCUCCUGGUCCUGAUGGUUUUGGGAGUUUUUAUUUCAAAGACACUUGGCACAUUGUGGGUGAGGACAUUAUAGCUGUUGUUCUGGACUUCUUCCAACAUGGUAAAAUGCUGAAAUCUCUUAACACUACUCUUAUCACUCUCAUUCCUAAAACAUCUUGCCCUAAGAAUGUUAAAGAUACUCAGGGGGCUUUUGUGCAUAGUAGGAACAUUAUUCACAAUAUAAUGAUUGUGCAAGACCUUGUUAGGCACUAUAAUAGGAAGUCUGCAAAGCCUAGUUGCAUUAUGAAGUUAGAUAUGCAAAAAGCAUAUGAUACUGUUAACUGGAGUUUUUUGAAAGAGAUGCUUCUUGCUUUAGACUUUCCUACAAGGUGUACGGCAACAAAGCUCACACAUCUAAGCUUUGCUGAUGAUCUUAUUCUGUGCUCAAAAGGUGAUUUUGCAUCAGUCUAUUUAAUGUUGAGAGCAUUCAGGCUGUUUUCUGAUUCUUCUGGACUUAAGAUCAAUACAAAGAAGUCUUCAUUUUACUGUUGUGGGAUUCAGGAAGGUGAAGUUAUGAGAAUUCAAAAUGUGUCUGGAAUAAGUAGAGAGAAGCUCCCAUUUAAAUAUUUGGGGGUUCCUAUCUACUCUAAAAGAAUUUCUGCUGCUCAAUGUGAGAAUUUGGUAGAUAAAAUGACAGCAAAAAUUAGGAUCUGGAGUACAAGACACAUAUCUUAUUCUGGGAGAGUACAACUUGUCAAUUCAGUCCUUAUGAGUAUUCAUGGAUACUGGGGUCAGAUAUUUAUUCUGCCUAGCAGUGUUAUUAAAAAGAUUGAAGCAGUGUGCAGGGCUUUCCUAUGGGCAGGUACAUAUUAUUCAGCUAAAGGGGGUUAUGUGGCUUGGCAGGAACUGUGUAAUAGCAAAAGUAAGGGAGGUUUGGGGUUUAGACACAUUAAUAACUGGAAUAAAGCUUGUUUAGGCAAGCAUGUAUGGGCUGUGGCAACCAAGAAGGACACAGUGUGGGUGAGAUGGGUGCACUCAGUAUACAUAAAGGAUACUGAUUGGUGGGAGUACAAUCCACCUACUGGUAGUAGUUGGUACUGGAAACACAUCUGUGAGGUUAAAAAUCUAAUGAAGAGAUAUUAUAGUAGACAGGAGGUUUAG